AUGUUUAGUUUCUGGCCCCUUUUUCGCGCGAGCCGGCCCGUACCGGACGAGGGUAGCCGAGAGAUCGAGUAUGACGCGGACUGGGACGUCCCAGAACCGGAGACGCGCCGCGUGGUCUUCGGCGGCCAUUCAACUGAAGUGUACGGCUACCCCUCAUCCGGGGGCUUUCUCGUUUUGCCGCACUGCAACGGCGUCGAUCUCUUAUUCCUACAAUUAUCUCGAUUUGACCCCGCCGAGCGCUCCGAAGAUCCCGCAGCUGAGGAUGAGCAUUGCGCCCGCAUGAGAAUGCUUGGCGCCUGGUGGUUUAUGAGCGCAGACGAGUACAUGACUACGCAGAUGCUCAGCCCGGAAAACUUGUGGCGGAAGACGACGGUGGUUGCGGCUUGGCCUGAGAGCGGGGUAGGCGUAUGGGUGGUGGUGGCGCGCAAAAGCGACGUACCAUAUACGUACCUGGCGCCCGUCUGGAAUGCGUUCAGUAUGGAGGAGAGGUGUGAUGUGGUAAAGAAGUUGGGUGGGAGAUUCUACCACGACCCAAUGGAGUGUCCGGAUUUGAAGCUUCAACCUUAA